CGUGGAGGGGGCGGGGCCAUGGCGCCAACUCCAGUCUUGAUUGACAGAUGUGUCUUCAGUUGAACCCUAUUUUCUUCACUUAGCUCAUUUAUUUACGCAUUCAGAUACCGAUUUUACGGUAUUUCUCGGUACGAGUCUGUUGGAACAUGUAAAGAUGAUUCAGUUUCGUGCGGCGUGACGAAUCAUUAGAAUGACAUCACUCCUUCAUGAGGCUUUUAUUACGUCAUACAUUCAGCCUCGUUCUAAAAACCCAACAGUACUUUGCACAAUCUUUGUACAUUUAAUAUUUCUAUCUGUCUAGUUCUCUGUAUUUAAAUAUUAAUUAAUUAAUAAGUGUCUGUGUGUGAGAGAUCGUCACGUUAGCCGGCCCCUUCCCUCGUCUCCAUGACAACAGACAACAAACAUUAUCACAGAAGGACACUGGUCCAAACUACACACACACGUUUCUCUAUAUUUUUAUCAAGUUAAUCGAUUAUUUUGGUUUCAGGGAUCAAUAAGGAAGAACAAAAAAAAAGUAUUUAGAAAAAUCACUUUUAACCUUCUUCUCCCUGGACUGCAGAGAGUGAGGGGCACGAUGAGACUUGCGUCCAACUCCAGCACCACUAGGGGCAGCAGCAGCAGCGACAGCCACCGUCGAUACCGGACACGGGCCCCCACCUCGCAGGUGGACGAGAGUCUGUUUGGAAGGAGCUCAGAACCACAGACGGUUCCGGAAAGACACAGAAACACUUCGUCAAAGUCAAAGGCCAAGUCCCAGAACAAGCAAGAGGCGGAGACGAUUCAAGUCAUCACCAAAGAUCUGAUUCGAAACCUCAGGGUCCCACUGAAGGAUCCUUCAGGAGAGUCCGUCAUUCUUCCAUCUGCGGAGUUUGAGCGAAUCACCUCCACAUCCCGGGUCCUCACCCAGCAGGAGAAGGAGGCCAUGAUGGAGGCCUAUCACAGGAGGAGAGAAGAAGAACUCAAAGCUGCUGAAGAAAGGAAGCGACAGAUUUAUGAGGCAGACUUGCUGCGUAAAGAGAAUCCUGCACUCACCGAGUUGGAGCUGGAGGCUCGGGACCGGGCGCAGUACCUGGUGGAGAGGACCAACACUCUGAGACUGGAGCGGGAGGAAGAGAUCCAAAAACUCAACAAGCUCAUCCUGGACGCCCAGUGCCAAGCCACUCGAGACGCGCAGAUCCAGGAGAAGAAGCAGAUCCAGGUGGAGCUGUCGGAGGAGGAGAAGCGGUUGGACGUCAUGAUGGAGGUGGAGCGUCGAAAAGCCCUGGAGACGAUGGAGCAGGUCGAGGAGUUACGCAAAGAGGAGAGGAUCAGUGGAAUGCAGCAGAUUAAUGACCAGAUCCAACAACGACUAGAGGAGAAGCAACUCCAGGAGGAGAUGAAGGAGCAGGAGAGGCAGCAGACCAGGAAGAACCAGGAGAGGAUGAACCUGGAGGAUCUGCAGGCCCUGCAGAGACGAAGGGAGGAGCAGCAGCGCCUCCUGGAGGAGGUCUUGCUAAUCAAUGCUGAAGCAGUGCAGGCCAAGGAUCAGAGGAAGGAGGAGGAAAAGCUGGCUGACAUCAGAGAUAUGGAGUUCCUCCGCAAGAAACAGGAGCGGGAGGCCGAAUAUGAAGCCGAGCAGCGUCGGAUCAAAAGGGAGAAGGAGCUGGAGAUAGAGCGGCUGAGGGCCAAACAGGAAAGAGCAAAAGACUACAAGGCGGAGCAGGAUGAGCUACGGGCUCGGAGGAACCAGCAGAUCGCAGACAGAGAGUGGAGGAGGAAAGAACGGGAGCUGGCCGUGAAGAAGGCGCAGGAGGAGGCGCUGCUGAGGGCGGCUCGUCUGGAGCAGGUUCAGUGCAAAGAGCACUUCCUGUCCAUGGAGGCCGGCAGAGAGAAGGCCGAGUUUGAGAGGGUGCUGAAGGUGCAACAGGAAUCAAUAUCCAAACAGAUGGAGGAGGAGGAGAGGCAGCGCCACAAGGCCCUCCGUCACGCCGAGGCCAUUCGACAGCAGGUGAAGGAACGCGAGGCCUUGGCCGUAACCAAGCGCAGAGAAAUCUUCAAGGAGGCCGAUCAGAUGACAGAGGAGGAGCGUCAGAGGCGCGCACGCCUCAGUGAGUUCAAGGAGAAAAAGCUGAAGGAGCUCAAGGCCACGGGGCUGCCUGACAAAUACUGCACCGAGGUGGAGAGGAAGGCGAGGGUCUGUCUGCUCUGAGACGAAUCAAACACGGAACCAGCAGGUGGUCUUCAGGGUUGUUGCUGUUUUGACCUUGUGUAUCACUAUACGCAGAUGAUGGUCUGUUGGGACAGUUUUCACAGAGUGUUUCACAGUUUGAAGAUAUACUGAGAAUAAAUGUUGUACAUCAACAAGAAGUCUUUUUGGUUUUCCACUACCAACAUUUCCAGAAAAUGUGAUACGUUGUCCAACAUGCACUUAAUGAUAAAAAGUUGCAAUUUUGUGCCUGAACUUUAAUUUAUCAGGCAGAAGACAAAAACAAAAAAGUAAUAAGUUCCAUUCAAGGAAUCCAGUUUUCGGUUUUUAUUUCAGCUAGUAUUUCCCUUUCAGGUAAGUCAUAUUCCUCCACUUAUCAUGGACAGAUCCCCAGUAUUGUUAAUAUGCAUGACAACAGAAAGGAAUUCAACUCAUGUCAGGGUUGGGAUGACACUUUACACACACACAGCUCGAAGCGUGUAAGGAAGUUAGGUACAUCAAGGUAAAUGCAAGUUUCUUACUUCAGACCGUUCUUGACAAAGAAGUGGAGUGACUUCAUAAUUACCAUCUAAACACACAACCUACAGGAGGGUUGGCGGUUCUAAUCCCACUGGUCGACAGACCAACCUCUGUCUUUGUUCUCCACUUACCGCGGGAGGAGAGAGAGAGAGGACGGGGAGUGGGUGGAGCACAGAUGGGCGGGGUUGGGGGGGGGUCUCCAUCAAGACGAUUUCAAUUCAUUAUAGUCAUAUCUGUACACACACACACACACACACAGAAAAACAACAAACAAAAAAAAACAAGUAAUGGUGACCCAGGGAAACACCACAACAGCUGGCAUACACGUGACCUCGGCGUGAGGGAGGUUCAGAGUAAAUACACACACAUGGUAACGGUCAAGGCUGGAGGACCCUGGAAUUCUGGGAGCCGCGGUUUCCCGUCCUUGCACAUACACGGAGAGUCUCACACGAGCACUGUACACGGCACGAGAGGUCACCUAAGUACAAGGAACUGACGCUGAGGGCGCUAACAUCUAGGAGGGCGGACCGUUCAGCCCAAGACGGGCCGAGAGGGGAGGAGGGGGUUAAAACUUUAAAAGGAGACCGUCAGGUCACGCACGCUCUGUUUCACACACAAACACGUAGUCGUUCACACCGUGACACACGUCUGUGUGCGUUUAAAACUCCAUAAAGCUACACGCUUGUGCAGAAUAUAACUAUCAGUACUUAGUGUUGCUAGCUAUAGCCAUCAAAAUGGCAAUAUAUGUUCAAAUAUUAUAUGUAUCCUUUUUUUUUUUCUCUCCUCAAAAUUUACACAAUGAUGAAAUGUAUGACAGACGACGUAAGCUGUUCGGUCAAAGUAAAGACAAUCAUCGACGUUAAGUUUCUUCUUCUUCUUCUUCUUCGAGUGCAAA